AGGCGGCGUUGUUUGUGCAUCGCCGCUGCGGCCGCUAUAUAAUGUCGCCAAUGACAAGGGAAUGGAGAAAGUCACAAAAAGAAGGACCUCCCCGUCCUACGCGACAACUUGGACCUCGAGCGACUUGUCGAAGGACGUCUUGACGCGAAAAGGCGAACUGGACAGAACGUCGUGUUCUCUCUUUGUCUCUGAAGCCUCGCAUACUCAGGCACCUGUAGCCUCCCAUACACUUCUACUGGCAGACAAUUGAAGCAUCCCUCUCUCAGCUGGGAUGGCUCCUACCUUGGCCACGGCUUUCGCCCGCCGUUGGUGGAUGGCAGUGACGGCGGUCAUCGAGAACCUCCUUUUCUCUGCUGUGCUGCUUGGCUGGGGAUCACUGCUCAUCAUGCUCAAGUCAGAGGGCUUCUACUCCUACCUGUGCAAACGACCAGACAACAACACCGCCAACUUCAGUCUCUCCAACACAUCUGACACUGAGACGUCUGAUGCCGAGGAGUACCUGGAGAUGAAUGGCUGGCAGAUCUGCAAGGACCAAGAUGAGAUGCUAAACCUGGCCUUUACUGUGGGCUCCUUCUUGUUGUCCGCCAUCACACUGCCCAUGGGGAUCGUCAUGGACAAAUACGGACCGCGGAAGCUGCGACUUCUUGGCAGUGCCUGCUUUGCCUUCUCCUGCCUCCUUAUCGCCUAUGGAGCCAGCGAUCCCAACAAUCUGUCCAUCUUGAUCUUCUUUGCCCUGGCCAUGAAUGGAUUCGGAGGGAUGUGCAUGACCUUUACCUCUCUGACGCUUCCCAACAUGUUCGGAGACCUCAGGUCGACCUUCAUCGCCCUAAUGAUCGGAUCCUACGCCUCCUCUGCUGUUACUUUCCCCGGCAUUAAGGUGAUCUAUGACCUAGGUGCAACCUUUAUCUCGAUCUUGCUGGUUUGGGCCGGUUGCGCCUGUCUGGUCUUUCUCAACUGCUUCAUCAACUGGCCUCUGGAGCCCUUCCCUGGCCCAGAGGACAUGGACUUCACAGUGAAGAUCAAGUUCAGCUGGCUUGGAUUUGACCACAAGAUCACAGGGAAGCAGUUUUAUCGGCAGGUCACCACCGUAGGGCGCCGGCUGAGUGUAAGCAACUCUGUAAAGCAACAGUACCAGCCACCCAAAGACUUGGCUUCUCAGGACGCCAGCAAGAUGUGCCUGUCUACGGUUGACCUGCAGGUCACCUGCAAGCCCCCAGAGGAAGCUCAGACAUUCAUGAGGAGUGUGUUGAGCCCUAUCUUCCUCCUGAGCCUCAUCACCAUGUGCGUCACCCAACUGCGCCUCAUCUUCUACAUGGGCGCUAUGAACACCAUUCUGGAGUCACUGACCGAAGGAGACCUAAGCACAGUGGAAAGGAUGCAAGUGGUGAGCACGUACACAUCCAUCUUCGGUGUACUUCAACUAUUGUGUCUGGCGACCUCUCCGGUGAUUGGCUACGUCAUGGAUUGGAGGCUGAAAGACUGCGAGGAUGAGAAUGACAAGAGCACCGUGAGGGAGCCUGGCCAGCCUCGUCGGCCAGACAAAAAGAUUCAGAAGAUAGUCAACUCUACCCGGGCCUUCAUUUUCACCAAUUUACUCCUGGUGUGCUUUGGAGUGACUUGCAUCAUGCCCAGCCUCCCUCUUCAGAUUUUGUCCUUCAUCCUGCACACAAUAGUCAGAGGAUUCAUCCACUCAGCAGUUGGAGGCCUCUACGCUGCUGUGUAUCCGUCCUCUCAGUUUGGCAGUUUAACAGGCAUGCAGUCGCUGAUCAGCGCUCUGUUUGCCCUGCUCCAACAGCCUCUAUUCAUGGCCAUGGUGGGACCCCUGGAGGGAGACCCCUUAUGGGUAAAUGUGGGUCUUUUGGCGCUGAGCAUGCUGGGGUUCUGCCUGCCUGUCUACCUGCUGUUCCACAGCCGACACCUCCAGCGUCUUAGGGACGAGCGCGACGACGACCCAAAGAUCUUCGUCAAGAUGGAAAACGGCAACAAGAUCGAGGCCUUUGUCUAGCUCGAGAGGAAGCGCUCAGAAGAGAGCGACUUCCACAAACUUGAUGAAAUGAACUAAAGAGAACGAGAAGAAAAGAGACUAAUGAGGAGCCGCAGAGGUUACUCGCUUCUCGUAGGAACUCCAUAACGUUGCUGUGGUUUGUCAGCAGCCUGAACAUGCGCACGUUCACAUACACGGUCUUUACUGCCUCACUGUGUUUCCUGGACCACAGCACAGUUUUGCAUCACUUGUACACUGUGAGAAACUGCAUAUACAAAAGCACAUGCCGACACGCAUGUCAGUUCAAGUUCCCUGCUGGCACAAACUGGGUAAACAAAAGACAACCCUUUUAAGCUCUUUACAUUUUUAUUCAAAUAAUGUGUUGCUUCUGUUCAGUCAGAAGAUCCCAGAAGAUGAAAUAAUGGUGUUUUCGAACCGCCAACAAAAUGUAUAAACAUGAGGACUUCUGCUUGGGGACUGGUGUGCUUGCAAAUAACAUACACGAUGGAGUCCAAGUUCACAUAUAACAGACGUCAAGUGAUGGCGUUGAUCGAGUCAUCUUUUCUUGCACUGGAACUCGAGGGCAUUCAAAAGAAACCACAGACAGCAGUAUUGGUAGCUAAUCAGUGGUGGAAAUACGUAAAGUCACACUGACAUCACGUGGUCAAUGACAAUGUUUUCAUUGCACGUUGGAGACAGCUAGCUCCUCUAGUCUGUGUACUUAUUAUCCCCACAAUUAUAUAUUAAGUAUUUGCUCUAUUCUAUUUUGCAGAAUAUUUUUCAAUCAUUUUUGCUUCUACAGUAUAUGUCACAUAAAUGGUGAGUUUAAGAAAAACAGGAAAAAGAUGCUGCGAGUGUAAAAGUCGGCACACCCAAGUCCUUUAUUAGUGCGGCUUAGCUGUAGCAAUAAGUGCCUCUGUGAGAUGCCAGGUUAUGUACACACGUCCUGCCUUCCUUUUCUCUCGUUUUGACGUAAAGCCCUUGUUUAAAAGAAUUACAGUUAAUAAUGAAAUUACACUAUGGAAAAACUUGACAAUGAAGUUUGAAUUGAAGCAAUCAAAUGCGAUGGAUAGCUACAAAUGCCUUCCGAUGACAAUCCAAAGAUGAAUUCUGUCUGGCGUGAACUCACAGAGGCACUUGAAAAAGAUGGCCAUUACCCUAAGAGUGCCUCUUUGUAUUUACUACAAAUGAUGGGAGAAGUGAAUCUAUCCAGGAUGUGUCUCACCCUUCCACCUUCCUUCUUUAGCUUCCGUCCAUCCGUCAGUCCGUCCCUUAAUGACUGAGCUGAGAGACGAGCCUCUGGCCCGUUAGAUGCUCCCCAUGAAUGACUCUGAGAAACGAAUGGCACACGAUGCACUUUAGACACAUAGAAUGGACCUCAGUUGUGUAUUUUUUAAUAGUUUUAGCUCGUGUAUGUGGCAAGGACAAUGCUCGGCUGCUGGCUAGUGGUGCAUGUUACAAAAGAAUGUUCAAAUCAAUAUGGGAACAGAAAGACUUGACUUAUUUUUAUACACGCCCGUAAAAGAAUAUAUUUCGUAGCAUGAUCGUUUCAUUGGGUUUGUGUGCAGCAUUGGGUUUAUGUGCAGGGCACAAUGCGAGUCUCGUCUCUCAGCACAAGAAUGUCCUUCAAGACAGCACGGAGGACUUUGUUCGUAAAUGCAUGCGAACCUGCUUAAAUUUCAGUGGCUAUAUUUCCGUGACCAUAAUUCGGAAUUUUCAAUCUGCACGGGUGCCAUCGUUCUUUGAAUGUAACUAUUGGCAUCGUUUUGGAAUUUGAAGGCUCUCACGGGUGCACCUAACCAAGGAGAGUAAUUUAGAAUAAUAUAUAUGUAUUUUACGUUAAUAUAGCCAUUGCUUUUUUCUCAAAGGACAGUUUCUGUUCAGGCCAGACACUGCUCAGUUCUCUGCUCUACAGUUUUUUGUGUUCUUUUUACAUGGUCGUUCCAUGUAAACCAAUAGUAUACGUCGCUUUUAUUCAACAACCAAGUUUGUGCUAUUCAAACAUUGUGUGCACAGAACUUUCCUACAAUCAAUGUUUUUCUCUUUACUGUGACAUAGGUGCUCACAUGGCACUACAUUAUCAUCGACAAACUCUUUUCAAAGAGAGCUGAAACUGAGCGAGUGACUUGUCUGGUUCAAUCUAUUUAUUCUCAAUAGGGAGAAGGCGGUUUCCUUCCUGUUGUAUUUUAAACAAAUACCCCGUCUUUUCUUGAUUCCAUCACAUAUCGCUGGUCUUAUGUGAUUCAUCAUAGCCUACCAGGCUAAUGGCUUUUAGUCUGACUGAUGGAUUGAUGUAUUGAUAAACUGUUUGUCCGCUGACAGUCAAUCAAGGUGCCAUAUAUUCCCUGCUGGUGCUUCAUAUGUUUGUGAUGAUCUAAAUCAGCUAUUUCUUUUUUUUUUAAUCCCCCAGACAACAUUUGUAUGAACCUGUUUUAUUUUCAUUUAAAUUUAUGUUUUUAGGUUUUCAUUUUUUAAAAUGCUUAUACUGUAUAUUUAGUUUUUUUUCUUGUACCACAAUCUAUAUUGUCCUUUAAAAUCAUGUAAAUGAUGAGAAUAAUAAAGCAAAAUUUGUAUAAAGGGUGUCA